AUGCGUCGAUGUUCAAGUUCCACUAGAGCGUCGAGCGACAACUAUUCUCGGUUCGCCAUACAACUAUUGGUCUUCGCGGUCGAUUCCCUGGGGUCGGGUUUGUGCGCGAAUGUAACAUGGACGGUCGACUUCGGGGUUUGCGCGCGUUCGACAUCUCUGAAGAUCUUCAGCGCAUGCGACAGCAAUAGCGACGCCUUGUUUGAGCGUCAAUGGUAUUCUUUGUUACGAAGGACGACUUCCAGCAUCAACCCGCCCGAAUGUAGGCUGAAGUGUGCGCUGACUUGCGAUGCGUCUCGCAAUUACUUCGACGCCUUGUUGAGCGUCAACGCAUUUCCCCAUGCCGGAAGGAGCGUCAACGUUCUGUUCAUAUCGGAAGUACUCGACGUCGACAUCGUGGGGUCGGACCAGAUAACCGGCCCUGACAUACGACCCACGACUCACUUCAAUGUGACCAGACGACCGACCGUCAUCAACGCCUCCGAGCGUCAACGUGUAGACGAACACAUUCGACAUUUCGCUUCCGAUGCACUUACGCCACUGAGCAACGGCAACUUCAAGUCCACUGUCGAUUUUUAG